UUUUACGCUCUCCCAUUCAACUCGAAAAGAAUUUUACAACCCAAAAGUUCUAUUAAAUUUUUAGUUUUUCUGCUGUGCAUUUGCCAGUUGUUGGUAGUCAGCUUAAGGUGUUUGUGCGGCAGCUUUUAGUGUACGAAUAAAAUAAAUUAAAAUAAAUAAAUCGAUUAUAUAUCACGCAAGACCGCUGCUACUUGCACUUUCGAUAGCGCAGAAGAAAAACGUGUUGCGCAAAAGUAGAGAAAAAAUAAAAUAAAAUACAUGAGUGAAAAUAUACAUACAUAACAAUAACAAAGUGACAACCAAUUUGCAAUAGCAAUAAAUUAAAAACCAGCAAUAUUUAGCUUACAGCUUAUUACCCGUCAUAGUUAUAACCAUGAAUACCACUAGCGGAGUUUAAGGCGUUAGACUAUGUACAACACCGUCAAUGCUGACUGCUGGCUGGUUUGAAAAGCAAAUGUUUUGAAAUAUUAAGAUAUUUAUUUGAAAAAAAAAAAACAGGAACAAAAUGUUUUUGGAGCUGUUGCUAGCGGCGCUGCUGUUCAUCUCUUUCUAUGACUAUUAUAUCCGUAUGCGUAAUCGAGAAUUCUACCAGCGUAUACCGUUAGUAUCGAAGAUACCGCUUGUGGGUUGUAUACUGGUGUUGGCGCGCUUUCAGCCGGAUAAUUUACAUCUGAAGUUUCAAGAGUUUGUAUCGCGUUUUGGUAAAAGCUUUUGUGCGCCUGUCCUACGCGGCUUAAUGGUCGUUACAGCCGAUCCACGCUAUGUCGAAGAGCUGCUCAGCAGUCAAAAGCACAUACAAAAGAAUCAACUCUAUUGGCUACUACGCGGCUGGUUGGGCAAUGGACUGCUGCUUAGCCAAGGACGCAAGUGGCAGACGAUGCGCAAAAUCAUCACGCCCGCCUUUCAUUUCAAGAUACUUGAACAAUUUGUAGACGUGUUUGAGCGGCAGAGUCGUGUUUUGGUGGAUAAACUAGCUGGAUUUGCGGAUGGCAAAACGCCGGUGGAUAUUUACCCAUAUAUGGGUCUAAUGACGCUCGAUGUUAUAGCAGAAACCGCCAUGGGCGUCUGUCUGAAUGCGCAGCAUGACUCAAAAUCGGAUUUUGUGCAAGCGGUGAAGGAUGUUACAAAUAUUGUUGCCACACGUUUCAUACGCCCCAUUUUGGCCUUUCCACGCUUUUUUAAACUACUCCGACCGCAACAGUACGAGAAGCAAAUGGAAGGUAUCGAAAUUAUGCAUCGUUUUACUGAAACAAUUAUUACGGAGCGGCGCAUGAUGUUACAAAAUAAAAGUAAUCUUAACACGGAAGUCGUGUCGACACAGACGGAAGAUAUCGGAUUGAAACCACGCUUGGCGUUACUGGACGUGCUAUUACAAGCCACAACCACCGAAGGGCAACCACUAACCGAUGACGAAAUACGCGAUGAGGUGAACACAUUCAUGUUUGAGGGCCACGACACUACCACAUCGGCCAUCUCUUUCUGUCUCUAUCUGCUCUCACGCCAUGCCGAUUGUCAGUGCGAGCUUUUCGAAGAGCUACGCGCCCACUUCGGCGAUGACACUACACGGCCUAUUAAGUAUUGCGAUCUGCAAAAUCUCAGCUACUUGAACUGUGUGAUUAAAGAAGCGUUGCGCAUCUAUCCACCCAUACCAGUUAUUGGACGUUGGCUUAAAGAAGAGCUGGUGUUGCCUGAUGUCACCUUACCACCUCGCACCAAUGUACUCAUACUGUUGUGGCAAAUCUUACGCGACCCUGAUGUGUACGACGAACCUGAACGUUUUUGGCCUCAACGUCAUUUGACGGCGAAUGCGCGGGCAAGCGCAUUUAGUCAUAUACCCUUCAGCGCAGGACCGCGCAAUUGCGUUGGACAGCGAUUUGCUCUAAACGAAAUGCGUGCUGUUAUUGUACAAGUUUUGCGAUAUUACGAGCUGCUGCCAAUGGGCCCACCAAUAGAACCGUCCAUUAAGAUUGUGUUACGCUCGAAAACAGGCGUAAAUAUUGGACUCCAGAGGCGUACAUAUGUGUAGAAAGUGAUGAUAAGUUAAGUGCAUGUGUACUUACAUACAUACAUGUGUCAAGUGACGAAAAAAGCAAUAAAAUGUGAUAUUUUCAGUUAUUUAUGAA